AUGCUAAAGGAUCUCAUUGCGGCAGCCGAAGCCGUGACACCUGAAAAAUGUGCCGGAUGUGGACUAUCCAUAAGAGACCGAUACUAUUUGCUGGUAGCUGACCGCGCCUGGCACAACCAGUGUUUGCGCUGCUGCAAGUGUCUGGCCAACCUGGAAACGGAACUGAGCUGCUACGCCCGGGAAGGCAACAUCUACUGCAAGGAUGAUUACUACAGGCACUUUUCAUCCCGUCGCUGUGCUCGUUGUGGAUCAGGUAUCAGCGCAUCCGAACUGGUGAUGCGAGCCAAAGAUUUGAUUUUUCACGUGAACUGUUUCUCCUGCGCGAUAUGUGGCCAACUACUGAGAGGCGGUGACACCGCCGGCAUUCGAGAAGGACGCAUUUUCUGCGGAGAACACUACGAUACCGAUGUUCUGAGUGAACCAGAAACAAUUUCACCACAGUUUUACCCCGGCGGACAUCAGCCCAUUCAGCCCCAGCAGCAUUCCCAAAAGGGACGACCUCGAAAGCGAAAGCCUACACCGCAGCUGCUAGAUUCGCAGCAGCAGCAGCAGCAAAAUCAGCCGCCUCCGCAGCAUGACGCACUGGACGCAGGGACGCCUUUGAGAUUAGAUCUCCUCCACAAAGAGCUAAGUGUUAGCAAUCUGGAUUUGUCCUCAUACGACGGAAGCCAAUCACCGGGUUCCGGUGGCACAUUAACGCCAAAUUGUCGGACCAAACGGAUGCGUACUUCCUUCAAGCACCACCAACUGAGGACGAUGAAGUCCUACUUUGCCGUGAACCAGAACCCGGAUGCUAAGGAUUUAAAACAGCUUGCGCAGAAGACGGGGCUUUCCAAGCGGGUACUGCAGGUUUGGUUUCAAAACGCUCGUGCCAAGUGGCGUCGAAAUGUGAUGAGACAGGACGGAGGGCUGGUGAAUGCCGGUCAGCCUCUGGGUGGAUUGCCAUCGAUCACGACCGCCAGUCUGCAUCACCACCAUCAUCAUAGUAGCGCCAACCCGAGCAACACCAACAGCAGCGACGGCGACAUGUCCUCCAGCCAGGCUCUAGAGGAAAUGCAUAAUAUGACUUUCGCUGAGCUGUACUGA